AUGGAUGAUGACGACGACGGCGGCGGGUCUCCCACCAUCCCCACGGAGAUGAAACACUUAGCUCGUCUCACGUGGCCUAUCGUUCUCCAAAUGGGGUCGCAACAAAUCAUGCUCGCGUGCGAUUUGAUUUACGUCGGGAGGUUAGGGAGAUUUGAAAUGCAAGUCGGUUCGUUGUUCACGGUCUUGUUUCUUUUGUGCUGGUAUUUCUUGGCGGGGUUAACGUCGGCGAUGGACACGCUGGCGAGUCAAGCGCACGGCGCGAACGACGCGAGAGCGGUGAAAAGUUGGACGCUUCUUGUUUUGUUAGUGAACACGUUGGCGUGUUUCCCAGCCGCGGCGUUUUUGUUCAGCGCGGAAGCGAUCGUUGGGGACGCGUUGAAACGCCCGGACGCGGUGGCGAGAGAAGUCGGGAGAGCGUGCGUUAUUUUAUUCCCGGGGUUAUGGUUUAUGUCCUGGAGUUUGGUGUAUCAAAAGUAUUUGCAAAUGCAGGGUAGGGUGAAUCCGGUUGGAAUAACGAGCUUUAUGACUUUAAUGUUGAACGUUGGAUUAAAUCAAUUGUUUAUACACACUUUGGAUUUUGGUUUAAGAGGCGCGCCCAUCGCGACGACGAUUUCAAGGUUGGCGAAUCUGAUAUUUCUAGGGAUGUACAGCGCGUCGAGAAGUUUAGCGUACGAAACGAGAGAAGAUAGGAAAAAGGAGUGGGAAGAGUGGAUACAGGCGAAGAAAAAUAUCACCAAGAAGAUGUUUCAACGCGCGACGAGUUUGUGUUUUCACGGUGGUUUGAUGCUCGCCUCGGAAGCCUGGGCUUUUGAGGUGACGGUAAUCACGGCGAGUAUACUAGGAGAGGUGGAGCUGGACGCGCACAAUGCGUUAUUAUCUGUGUGUGGGUUAACGUUUAUGACUGGUCCGAUGGCUUUCGGUAUCGCCGCGAGCAUCCGAGUGGGGAAUUUGUUAGGUAUGGGGAAAUAUCGCAUCGCUAAAACGGCUGCGAGUUUAUACAUCUUUGUCGGUUUGACGUGGAUGACGAUAUGUUCGGUGCUGAUUGCUAUUUACGCACGACAUAUUGGCAACGCGUAUACGGAUGGAGAUAAAGAUAUCGCCGAUUUAGUGGUUGUUUUAUCGCCACUCGCUGCAACCUUUCAAGUGUUUGACGCAUUGCUUGGGAUUUGUAAUGGCGUCUUGAGGGCGUGCGGGAGGCAGAGAAUUUUGGCGAUAACAAACAUGGUUGCGUUGUGGGCGGUUGGCGUGACCUUGGGCACGUCGCUCGCGUUUGCAACUUCCUUGCGCGCGAAAGGUAUUUGGAUCGGUUUAAUGGGUGGUGUGAUUGCCAGUGGGUCGACGCUGGCAGUGAUGGUAUCGCGGGUGAAUUGGCGGAACGAAGCCGAGUUGGCGAAACAAUCCGCGGUAAACGUGCACAAUAUCGAUGACGAACAGGAAGAGAAAGUAGCGGCGGUUUGA